CGCGACGCGACGCGCGAGCGACGAUGGGCGCCGACGCGAUCGCCGCGCUGACCCCGGGCGCGGUGAAUAAAAUUCGCGAAUCCGCCGGCGCGACCGACGUCUGCGUGCAGGUGCUCGACUUUAAGAGCGCGGAUGAGGCGUACAGUGCGACGCUGAACGACGGGGAGAACACCAUCGCGGCGAAGUUCGCGGCGACGUGCGGGGAGAAGCUGUCGAGCGGCGCGGUGAAGGAGAACGCGGUGUUGAAGCUCACGGACGUGGCGUUCGAAACGGAUGGCGUUGAGCGUAAACCGUUCGCGGUGAUCAACGGGUUCGAAGUCGUCGACGCGGAUGUGAAGGAGAAGGUGACGACGCCCGCGGCGAAGGCGGCGAAGACGGAGCCGAAGACGCCGGCGAGCGCGGAACGCGCGGCGGUGCCGCUCGCGGCGCUUAACCCGUACCGCACGCCGUGGACGGUCAAGGUGAAGUUGACGAACAAGGGGAACGUGCGCGAGUACAAGAGCGCGCGUGGUCCGGGUAAGGUUUGCUCGGUCGACUUUGUCGACGAGGAGGGUACCGCCAUCGGCGCGACGCUCUGGCGCGAAGCGAUUGAAAAGUACGACUCAGUUUUGGAAGUCGGCAAGGUUUACUACGUCUCCAAGGGUUCUCUCAAACCGGCGGAUAAGCGAUACUCGACUUCGGGUAACGAUUACGAGAUGAACCUCGACGGCAAGUGCGAAAUCGACGUCUGCAACGACAUCGAUCAGUCGAGCGCGCAAAAGAUGCAACGCGCGUACGCCUUCGUGCCCAUCAACAAGCUCGCGAGCAAGAUUGGUGCGCGUGGCAACGUCGACGUCGUCGCCGUGGUCAAGGAAGUCAGCGAACUGUCGUCCAUUCGCCGCAAGAGCGACAACACCGAGUUGAACAAGCGCGAAGUCGUCUUGGUCGACGACUCGGCGAAAACCGUCAGGUUGACUCUUUGGAACGCGCUCGCCGUCGAAGUCGGCGAACAGUUGGCGUCGAUGACCAACCCGGUGGUGGCUAUUCGUUCUGUUCGCGUCGGUGAUUACGAAGGCGUCUCCAUCGGCACCGUCUCCCGCUCUGACAUCGUCAUCGAUCCGGAGGACGUGCCGCGCGCCGUCGAAAUCAAAAAGUGGUGGUCUGAGGGCGGCUCCAGCGCCGAAACCACGGCCGCGGGCGAAGGUCUCACCAGCGCGCAGCAAGGUCAAAAGAGCGAAAUUAUGGCGAGUAACCUCGCCGAGCUCCAGCCGGAGGAAAUCGCCCCGGUGACCGACAAGCCGACGUUUGCGUGGGUGUGCGCGCACACCGUCAUGUGCAAGCCAGAUCAAACCAUGUACUACACCGCCACACCCGAAGAAGGAAACAACAAGAAGGUGAUCGAAAGCGAUGGUAAAUGGUACUGCGAAGCGAACGGGCAAACCUACGACACUUGCGAACGCCGUUAUAUUAUGCGAUUCAAGGCGCAGGAUAGCUCCGAAGGCGCGUGGUUGAACGCGUUCAACGAAGAAGCGACGAAGAUGUUCGGCAUGACGGCGAACGAAAUGCACGAGUUGAAGGAAAACGACUUCGCGGCGUACGAACGUGCGGUGAAGAAGAUGACGUGCCAGCACUGGUCCUUCCUCGUCAAGGUCGUCACCGAGGAAUACCAAGGCGAAAGCAAGCGUCGCAUGACGGCGGUCAAGUGUAACCCGGUCAACUACGCCGCGGAAUCAAAAAAGCUUCUCUCCAAGAUGGGUGUCGUCUAAAUCUCAUAAAUCUGAUAGAUAUACAAUUUGGAACUUUAGCUU